AUGGCCCAUUCUGUCACCAGUAAGGCUGGUCCACCGGCCAACUCCGUCACAAUCAUACACCCGCAGCCGAAUGUGAAUGGCCAGGUAGUAAAGCUUUCUGCAAUUGACCAGAUUGCCCCUCGAGACUAUAUCUCAUCCUGCCUGUUCUUCUCACUGGCUCCAGAUGCAGACAAGAUACGAAUAUUUCAACUUUUCAAGAGAGCUCUAGUCAAGACAAUUGGUGAUAUUCCAGAGCUUGCCUGUUGUGUUGAAAAGCAUGAUGGCAAUAGCCGCGAAGAAGUUGCGCUUGUUUUCGACUGUAGCCAAGGCGCCAGGAUACACUUCAAAGACUACACAUCACCCGAACUUUGCAACUUUUGGCAACUCGGUACGUUCGAGCAGUUGGAGCGGGAACAUUUCCCUCUCAAAGGAAUGCCGAGACACGUUGUCUUCGGAACAUCUGCCAAACUGGUCGAGGGCAUCAGGCUCCCGUCACUUGUUGUUCAAUGCAACUUCAUACCUGGCGGAUUGAUACUUGGAAGCUGCCUCCACCACGUAGUUGGUGAUGGCAUUUGCAACUAUAUCUUCCACCAAACAAUGGGCAUGCACCUGACAGCUCUUAACAUUGGAUUCAACAUAAGAACAUUUCCAAUCACAGCUUUGGACAGAAGCGGACUUAUUGACGGCAACCAAGAUGUGACCUUGGAAGAUCUUCCGGACUGGAAGCUUACAGAAGACCCAACCAGCUUCCUGAAUCCGACAGAUUACAAGCCUACCAACGUCCAGACAUUCGAAAAUGCCAUAUUUUACCUCAGCACCGAAAGACUGGCCACGCUAAAGAAAUAUAUCUUGAACAGUUCUCCGGAAGCCAACGUCACUACAAUGGAAGCGUUGGGUGCGUUCCUUUGGCGUCACGUGGUAUUGGCGAGAGACAUUGACUCCUCCAAGUAUCCUGAGGCCAAGCUGUCAAUUACAGUUGAUGCCCGAGGGCGGAUAGAGGAUAACUUGGUACCAGGCAACUAUUGGGGAAACUUUUCGGAACCAAAUGCUGUUGCGAGACUCCCAGUUGCAAGUCUUCAACGCCCAUUCCAGCCACUAACUCCUGGAAGACACGAGGGAAGCGUCUACCUUGAGCCAGCGCGUCAGAUCAAGAGAGCCAUCGCUGCCGUUAGCGACAAAGCUGUCAGACGUCUAGUUGGUCUCCUCAACCAGAUGCCUAAAAGCACCACCUUGACCUGGAACGUUGACCGCUAUCCCGGCCCUGAUAUGCUUAUUGUCUGCCUCCAAACACACCGAUACAAUGAUAUCUAUUUCGGGCAAGAUCUUGGUUACCCUUCGGCAAUGCGCGUCACUGUAGGGGAUACUGAAAACAAACCUGAUGGCCGUUGCAUUGUCCUACCGCCUCGUCGAGGAGCUGGUCGGGGUCUUGAGGUUAUCCUGCAAUACGAUACUAGUACUUUGGACAGACUAGAAAGAAAUAGCGAGUUUAGUCGUUUCUUUCUUAGGCAGAACUGA